AACUUUUCUUUUCACGACGGGGUGACGGUACUCCAAAUAAAUGACGCUAGAUUUUAAUAAAAAUAAGGUAUUUUUAACUGAGCUAACGUUGGCAUAACGUGUGAACCAUAUACGUCCAUUGCGGCUUUAAAAAAAAUCUCCCCUUAGAAAAAAUACUCAUGUUACAUGUUAACUUAUACUUAUUAGCCAUUAACUGACGACAUUAACCGUCGGGUUGAAUAAAAUGCGUUCUGGUUCAACCAAAAUGGCUGCAUUUAUCCCUAACCUUGACGUGUAAUCGGGUAAUACAUUUACACCGACAUUAUUAAAGUUAUAUAACCCAGUUUUUACAUCUCGAACAUAACCGCACACAGUUAGCUUCAUGAUCGGGGAAUGUGUAGCAUUCAGCUUCCCAGGGCUUCAUUCUUCCCGAUGUGUCAUCGCUCAACCGGCUGGACGGGGAUAUUUCCUGGUGAAUUUCAUAUCGUUUGGUUCAGAUCUCCAAGUCACCUGACUCAGCCAGGUGAGCUGCGGGCGGAUGGGUAGUCGGACGGACGCUGCCUUUCUACUCCAGUUGGGGGGGAAUCGACGCUAGUCUCCUGUUACACCCCCCCCUCGCUUUGUCGCCCUCCUUCGUGAUCGGUCUCCCUCGUCGGAUGAAUGCCCGUCCUUGAUUCUACCGUCGCCAAAAGGACUCCAUGUCUUUCUUGGAUUGUUCCUGCAUCUCCCACACUCAAGUCCAGCCCCUGGACAUUGAGGAGUGCUAUGAGGACAUCAGCCACCAGUUCCUGAGCUGUGACAGUUCUGAAUACACCCUGCAAGGGCCGGCAGGGGGCGAUGACAUCACAAGGCUGUCAGCUGAGCCAGCUCACUACCAGCUGCUGUCUGAGCUGGGGAGGGGCUUCAAUAACCUGAGCCAGGUGAACAUGGCGCGCCACGUCCCGACUGGCCAGCCGGUUGCCGUCAAACAAACGAACCUGGACGAGUGCACGGAAGAGGAGCUUCUGCAGCUCUUGAACGAGGUUCUUCUUUCUAGGCGGUUCCGUCACCCCAACCUGCUGACCUCCCGCCUAGUUUUCAGCUCCUGCUGUAAGCUCUGGGUCCUCACGCCCCUCAUGGCCUACGGCUCUGCAGACGCUCUCCUCCGAACGUAUUUCCCAGACGGAAUGAGUGAAUCCCUGAUCGCGUACCUGCUCUAUGGCACACUGAAAGCCUUGGAGUACCUGCACAGGAUGGGCUACGUUCACAGGGGGGUGAAGGCCAGUCACAUCUUGCUGUCUGGUGAGGGGCGUGUCUACCUCUCGGGGCUCCACAGUGUCUACAACAUGAUGCGCGAGGGCAAGCGGAUGAGGACGGUGUUCGACAUGCCACACCACAGCCCUGCCCUGUUGCCAUGGCUCAGCCCCGAACUACUGCGACAGGACCUGCACGGCUACGGAGUCAAGUCGGAUAUCUACAGUUUAGGUACCGUGGCGUGUGAGCUGGUCAGCGGCCGGGUGCCUUUCCAGGACAUGCUCCCCACUCAGAUGCUGCUUCAGAAGCUGCGCGGCUCCCACUGCUGCCUGCUGAAUGUGGCUCCUUUCCCGCUGGGUGAGCUGGGGGGGCUGAAGGUCUCGCGGUCCGGGGUGGACUCCGGCAUCGGGGAGAGCGUUGCCACCGGGAGCAUGACACACAGCGCCACGGCUCCACCCACAGACCGACCUCAGAGCCCUGCGCCCAAAAACCAUUCGGUCACCCUGCACAACCUGGUCGAGCUGUGUCUGCAGCAGCAGCCCGAGCGCAGACCGUCGGCAUCUACACUAUUGACCCACGCCUUCUUCAAGCAGGUGAAGAAGCACACCAGAGACACCUUCCUCAGCCUCAUGUACCCAGCAGUGCCCCUCAGCAGCCGCGAGGACCCUCCGAUAUCCUGCCCCCCCACCUUGUCCUGCCACGCCACGGAGUCAACCUACGCUGAGGCCGCGUGGGACUUUUCCUAACCCCCCCCCCCCCCCAUCCUCUCCUUCUGCAGCCCUCCCUUAACAAAUCUUUUUACUAGCAAGCCAAAACACAAAGACAAUUGCAGCAACAAGGCCAAAUUCUACUGUGCUUUGAUUUCAUAUCAUCAACUCUGACUCUCUGAGCCCUUUUAUUUUUUAUUUAGUAGUUUCAUACUUAAAACAGGUUUCUCUGAUGCAUAUGUACAGAGUUUGCACAAACCAGCAGUUGACUUAUAAUUGCACAAUACUUCAGAGAGUUAAAGGAAAAGUCCACCCUUAAAUACUUUGAAAAACAGCAGUUGGUGAUAAGCAUAUGUAUUUUUUACAAUUUGUUUGUCAUACUAUUAGCGGUGGUCAUAUUUUAGGUUGCUGCUCCUGUUCUCAAAGGACCUUGUUAACUGAAUUUAAAAAUGAUAAAUACAGAGAGUUAAAUAAUAACAAAGUAAACCCUGAUGCACAAAUGACGAUGCAGGAUGGGUUUGUACUUUACAUUAUUUUUACGUAUUCAGACUGAAUAAAUACUGAGGUACAUGAGAAGAUAUUUACAGAACACAUGCAUGUAUAUAUUUUCAUCUACAUCAGAGUGGAACAACCAUGGCUAUAUUGAAAACGGGAAGUGCUAAUUGGUCAUUCAGAGUACUCCAGUCAAACACAAACAAAUGGGGCUUUAAAAUGGUAACAUAAUGCACAAAAUGAUUGACUAUGACUAUGGCUCUGCAACUUAGUACAAAAAUAUGCUUUAUGUAUAUCAUUUUAAUCAAUUCAGCUGUUUUUCACACCUGCCCAAAUUUGAGGCCUGUUUGCAUCAGAAACUACACUUUUUACCAUCUCUGAAUGUUCAGAAAACUUUCCCCAAUCAAAUAUGCCAUGUGUGUUUGCUGUAUGUUUGGACAUGCAUCCACUGGUUUACCACAUGUAUUGUCAUUUGAAAACACAAGACAAAUAGGAUAAACUUCAGUUCCACGUACCAGUUAGAAACCAUCAGUAGAUGAGUUAUUACCAGUGAGUAGUUCCAAAAUAAUAUUUCUACUGUGACCACCUCUCCAACAAUGCCUUUUAUGUAUUUAUGAAACCUGCGUUCUGAAUAUGGUGAUCCAUCUGUAACUGUGAUUAAGUGAACUGUGUAUGAGAACUGUGAUCUACACUACAUAUCAAACAUGGUAGCUGCGUAAGCCUUAUGUAUACAUAACUAUAAAUGAUAUACAUAACUACUAAAUUUGAUUUAUGAACUACCUGUUGAGCCUUGAAUUAUUUUUUAUAGUUUUGUGAUAAGAGAAAGCUGGUGUGAAUUCAGUAUCUUUUUAAACAAUCCAAAAUGACUUUUUCAUUUGCUUUACAAAGUUUAUCAAUUGUUGGUACAAGUAUUAUACAUUACAAUGUAUGUGUGUGAAUAAUAAAUCCCCACACAAAUAUUCGCUUGGUAUCAGAUAUAUCAGAUAAUAGAAAUAAAUUGUUAUAAUCCCAAAGCCAAAA